AUGGAGGAGGCUGGUAACGAGAAGUUCCUAUCAAGAAGGCGUUCUGCUGCACUUAAAGCUUUCAAAGUUAAAGAUGAACGAGUGGCAACGUUUAAGAAAGUUGCAGCGAUCUUACAGAAAUCUGAAACGGACAGAACUGCAGAGGAAACGGGGAUACUUCUUUCCUGCAGUGACGUAGUAAAAGAGGUUAAUUUGAGACAGGAGAAAAGACAUAGGGUAAAGGCAAGACUGGAAGAAGUGGAAGAUGCACCAGAAAUCUUGGAGGAAAAGUGUAUACGACUAGCAGCAGCAAUUAGCAGAGCAACAUCAUUGGCUGUGUACACUGGUGCGGGCAUCAGUACAGCAGCUUCUAUCCCUGAUUACAGAGGGACGAACGGGGUUUGGACUCGUUUACAGCAAGGGAAAGAUAUUGGAAAUCAUGAUUUAAGUCAGGCAGAACCAACGUUAACACACAUGGCUCUGUAUGCUUUAUACAAAGCAAGAGUUUUGAAACACGUAGUGUCUCAGAAUUGUGACGGACUUCAUUUACGCAGUGGGAUACCUCGUACACUAUUGUCCGAAGUUCAUGGGAAUAUGUAUGUGGAAGUUUGUAGAGCGUGCAAACCGUAUAGAGAAUAUUGGAGAUUGUUUGAUGUUACAGAGAGGACUGCUCGAUAUUCUCAUGGUACUGGUAGAUUGUGUCAUAGGUGUAGUUCUGUCCUGCAAGAUUCGAUUGUUCAUUUCGGCGAACGAGGCAAUCUCCCGUGGCCAAUUAAUUGGAACGGUGCGACAAGAGCGGCGAAGCAAGCGGAUGUUAUAUUAUGCUUGGGUUCUAGUUUAAAGGUUCUGAAAAAAUAUCCAUGGCUAUGGCAGAUGGACAGACCAAUUCACAAACGUCCUUCCCUGUAUAUUGUAAAUUUGCAGUGGACACCAAAGGAUGAAAAUGCAGUCCUGAAAAUAAAUGGCAAAUGCGACGAAGUUAUGAAAAGAGUUAUGACUCAUCUAGGGUUGGAAAUACCACGAUACAAUCGUGCUAAGGAUCCGAUAUUUUUUCAUGCUGUUCGGCUCAGGGGUAACGAACAGUGUACAACAAGUCAGACAGUUCUGGAAGAACCGCCUAGCAUUGCUCCCAAGGAGCUAACGGAAAUUAGUGACACCUUUCAGGAAGAUAUUAAACCGGAGACCAAAGAAAAAGAAGAUUGCAUCACAACUAGAAAACUAACCGAAACCAUGUCUUCUUAUUCAGCACCUUUUUUUACCGCAUUACCAUUCUUAUCCAUGGGCUUACCAUUUCCACCUAUGUACAUGUGUCCUCAAUUAACCCCACUUUUUUAUUAUCCAUUUAUACAAAUACCAGAUAUGGCAAUGAACACACCGAAGCCCAAGCCAGCUUGUAUAUUUUGCAUGGAUAACGAGGGUUCGAUUACAUGCCUUUAUUAUCAACGAGAUGCGGACAAUCCGUUAAUAGAAUCGGAAAGUAUACAGAUAGAAGAUACAAAAACACUGGUAAUCGAGACUGAUUCGCCGAUAGCACCUCCUAAAAAUCCUGGAUGGUUCGGCAAAGGAUAUCGCAAAGGCAUGAAGAGGAAGCGGUAGCAUUUACUCUCGUUAACAUGGUACAUGACUUUCCCUUCAUCUGUUAUUAUGCGAAAUGUACGACAUACGGUAUAUAAUAAUGUACGUAAAUGUUCGACGCC